UCCCCCAAAAACGUGAUCGAAUGAAACGUCUAUGAGGUGCGCCCCAACCCAAACGCUCCGCCCGCCACCCGCAACCCAUGCCCAUGGCCUCCCUCGCCCUCGCCCUCGCCCGCCCUUCUCACCUGCCGCCGGUCCGGCAGCGGGCCCCGGACAGCAUUGCUCCCCGUGACACAUCCUUCCGCCUCCACUACCAGUCCCCGAAGCCCCUCGCCGGCGGUCGAACAGGCCCUCUCCUGGCUCCCGCCGCUGUAUCCUCCUCCUCCUCAUUCUCUCCCGCGGCCCUGACUGCCGCCCCCACUUCCACCACCUUGAUGCUCAAGAGGGUCUCAGUGGAUUCGCUGCAGUACGAGAGCGGUUAUCUCGGAGGCAUCUCGGAGAAGACCAAGCCGUCACCGGCGGAGGCGGCCGACGAAGUUCAAAACGGGGCUUUGAAUCCGAUGGAGUACCUGACCAACAUUCUUUCCUCGCGGGUUUAUGAUGUGGCGAUUGAGUCGCCGCUGCAGCUAGCGCCGAAGCUGUCGGCGAGGCUUGGGGUCGAUCUCUGGCUAAAGAGAGAGGACUUGCAACCGGUGUUCUCCUUCAAGUUGCGAGGAGCUUACAAUAUGAUGGCUAAGCUUACAAAGGAGCAGUUGGACAGGGGUGUUAUAUGCUCAUCUGCUGGAAACCAUGCCCAAGGAGUUGCUUUAGCUGCUCAGAGGCUAGGUUGUGAUGCAGUGAUUGUAAUGCCAGUGACAACACCAGAAAUCAAGUGGCGAUCGGUUGAGAGGUUAGGUGCGACAGUUAUCCUUAAGGGGGACUCAUAUGAUGAAGCACAGUCAUACGCUAAACAAUGUGGAGAGCAGGAGGGUCGCACAUUUGUGCCACCUUUUGAUCAUCCAGAUGUUAUUACAGGUCAAGGAACUAUUGGUAUGGAAAUUAUUCGCCAGCUGAGUGGUCCAUUGCAUGCAAUCUUUGUACCAGUUGGAGGUGGUGGAUUAAUAGCAGGGAUUGCUGCUUAUGUAAAACGGGUUCGCCCAGAGGUAAAGGUCAUUGGAGUAGAACCCUCUGAUGCAAAUGCAAUGGCAUUGUCUCUGUAUCAUGGGCAGAGGAUUAUGCUAGAACAAGUGGGAGGAUUUGCGGAUGGUGUGGCUGUAAAAGUGGUUGGAGAAGAGACAUUUUGCCUCUGCAGGGAACUUGUCGACGGAGUGGUUCUUGUUAGUCGUGAUGCUAUUUGUGCAUCUAUAAAGGAUAUGUUUGAGGAGAAAAGAAGCAUACUAGAACCAGCUGGUGCUCUUGCUCUAGCUGGUGCUGAAGCCUACUGCAGAUACUAUGGCUUGAAAGAUGAAACAAUCGUCGCAAUAACUAGUGGGGCAAACAUGAACUUUGACAGGCUGAGGUUGGUAACUGAACUUGCGGAUGUUGGCCGGAAACGGGAGGCUGUUCUGGCGACUAUUCUACCAGAGGAGCGCGGGAGUUUUAAGAAAUUCUGUAAACUGGUUGGCCCUAUGAAUAUUACAGAAUUUAAGUACAGAUUUGAUUCACGUAAAGACAACGCUCUUGUUCUAUAUAGUGUUGGUGUUCAUACUGAUUCUGAACUUGCAGCAAUGGUUCAUCAAAUGGAACAUGCUCAACUCAAAACUUUUAACCUCACCAAUGAUGACUUGGCAAAGGAUCAUCUACGGUACUUUAUGGGAGGGCGAUCAAAUGUUGAAGAUGAAUUACUUUGCCGGUUUGUCUUCCCUGAGAGACCAGGUGCUCUGAUGAAAUUCUUGGACUCCUUUAGUCCACGUUGGAACAUCAGCCUCUUCCAUUAUCGAGCACAAGGUGAGACCGGUGCAAACGUGUUGGUCGGAAUCCAAGUUCCAAAGGGGGAGACAGAAGAAUUCAAGAAUCGAGCACAGAAUCUCGGAUACGAGUAUGCAUAUGAGAUGAACAAUGCAGCCUAUCGGCUGUUAAUGCAGUGAGUAUUGAUAAGUUAAAUGUCUCAGCCAUUUCUUGUUGAGUGUGGAAGAGUCAGUGAAGGCUGAGGAUGAACCCUAGUCCCUUCAAGUUCUUUCUAUUGUUAGCUAUUGGGGUCUUUUUUUCUCCUGAAGUAUUGGCCCUUAACUGAUGUAGUUCUAUAGAUGGUGAUGAUGACAUGUUCACCAAAUAUGUCUUCAUCUGAAUCUUCAAUGAAUUUUGUUUUACCAA